AGUCUCCCGCGCCUCUUCUCUUUAUAAACGGUACAGAGCCCCGACGACGGCACAGUAUACUCCAACAAUUGCAACGGCGCAUCCCCCAAUACGAUAAAUUUAUUUAAUUUAUCCAACUCAAGCUUAAUUGUCUUUUAUAAUAGUAAUAUUUACUAUUUAUAGUAAUUUAAAUCCUCCUUAAUUUGACCUCAAUACCCAAGACUUUUUUCGAUACAGUGUUCCUUUUUUUUAAUUUAUAAUAUAUUAUAUUUUUUUAACAUAUAAUUUUUAUAUAAUGAGUGGUUCUGGAAAAGGGCUUUUGGGUUUGUGGCUAUACAGAAAUGGUUCUGAUUGGCAAGUGAAGAACGAGGCACCUCAUCAUCCGAAAUUAGCAGAAAUACAAAUGGCAGCGCAGCAGCGAUCUUCAUCUGAAGGGGAGAGGAUUUCAGUGAUAUUCACUUUGAAAAACCAAGUCGGUGGCUUAGUUAGAGCCCUGACUGUGUUCCAAGACUUGGGCAUCAACGUUCUUCAUAUUGAAUCUAGGAAAUCUGUGACAACCAAUGCCGCUGCGGAUAUCUUGGUGGAUGUCGAGUGCGAUCCUCGCCGUUUGGAGCAGCUUCAAAGGAUGUUGAAACGUGAAGUCCAGGAUUUUGAGGUGAUACCACCUCAAUCCGGUGAGGAGUUCCCUCCACCAACUCCACUUUCUGCUGCAGCCAGCUUUGAUUUUGGUGAAAUGGUGUGGUUUCCUCGUAAAAUCUCGGACUUGGAUAGAGCGCAGAAUGUUCUGAUGUAUGGUUCGGAGCUUGACGCUGACCAUCCAGGCUUCAAAGAUCCUGUUUAUCGAAAACGGCGUGAACAGUUUGCUGCUAUUGCAAAUAAUUAUAAAUAUGGGCAACCAAUUCCCAAGGUUCAGUAUACUGACACCGAAAUUAAGACUUGGGGGAUUGUAUUUCGCGAGCUUCAUAAACUUUACCAGAAGCACGCAUGUGAAGAGUAUUUGGAGAACUGGCCGCAACUUGUCAAGUAUUGUGGCUAUAGAGAGGACAACUUGCCUCAGCUGGAAGAUGUAAGCGCAUUUCUGAAACGAAAAACAGGUUUUCAACUUCGUCCUGUCGCUGGAUAUUUGUCACCAAGAGAUUUUCUCUCAGGACUGGCUUUCCGGGUGUUUCACUGUACUCAAUAUAUUCGACAUUCUUCUGAUCCAUUUUACACUCCUGAACCUGAUUGCUGCCACGAACUGCUGGGUCAUAUGCCGUUGCUGGCUAAUCCAAGUUUUGCACAAUUUUCUCAAGAACUCGGCUUAGCUUCAUUGGGGGCUACUGAUGAAGAUAUCGAUAAAUUGGCUACGCUGUACUUCUUCACUGUAGAAUUUGGUUUGUGUCGUCAAGUAGACGGUUCGUUCAGAGUUUAUGGAGCUGGCUUGCUUUCUUCAGUGGCUGAACUUCAACAUGCUCUUUGCACACCUGACAAGAUUAAACGUUUCGAUCCUGAUAUCACCGUUAAUGAAGAAUGCAUUAUCACUUCUUAUCAAAACGCUUAUUAUUAUACUGAUUCCUUUGAAGAAGCUAAAGAGAAAAUGAGGGCAUUCGCUGAGAGUAUACAGCGUCCGUUUGGUGUUCGUUACAACCCUUAUACUCAAAGCGUAGAAGUUCUGAGCAACGCUCAGAAGAUAACAGCAUUAGUACGCGAGCUGAGAGGAGAUAUUUGUAUCGUAUCGUCUGCUAUUAAGAAGAUUUCUGCUCAAGAUUCCACGCUCGAUGUAGAAACAAUUGCCAACAUGCUGCAUACCGGAUUACAGGUAAACGAAAGGAGCCCGCAGAGUACUUCGGGUAACAGUUCCCCGAAUUCGGAAAGAGGCGUUUCACCUAAGCCUGAAAUGACUAAGUAAAUACCUAUCAUAACCUGAUUAAUCGGCAUGAAAUUAAUAUUACUCAUAAUUCUUAUCUAUAUAAUCUAUGGAUGUUGUUAUGUAUUUAAUAUGAUUUCUUCAAUAUUAAUUCUGUAUAGUCGAAUAAAUAAAUUACGACUCUAAAAUUUAACGCUGUUGAAUUAUCAGACGAGAAAGAGAUAUAUUUUUAGAGUUCAGGCUAUCUAGCAUACUUCAAUUUUUCUGUAGUUUUUCUCACCUCGUAAAUCAUUGACUUGGAUAACUCUCUUUCUUCUCUGUGUUCUAUGUGUAUAUUGGUAGUUUAAUUACAAAAUAUGAGAUUUAACAAUCCGAUCGUUUCAAACUGUAAAUGUUUGGAAGAUAAAAAUCUCUAAGAAAUAAAGUAAAAAAGAGAAAAAAAAAUACA